AUGUCUCGGUCUGAUUUCGCCAUACGGCUGCUUCCUCCAGACGUGGUGGCAAAGAUUAAGUCUUCGACCUCCAUUACACACCUGAAUGAUGUGGUGUUGGAGCUUGUCAAAAAUGCCUUGGAUGCCAACGCCCAUACCGUCUUUGUCACCGUCGACGUUACGCGCGGAAGCUGUAUAGUCGAGGACGACGGAGAUGGAAUUCCGCCGACAGAAUUCGAGUCCUCGGGGGGUCUUGGAAAGGCGCACCAUACAUCGAAACUGGAGCAGACGGGCGCAUAUGGCCAUCGAGGUCUCUUCUUGGCCUCAUUGGCCGCUUUGUCUUUGCUCACCAUCACGUCCCAUCAUGCCAGGUACCGGAGCGCAAAUUCCCUUCUACUCCAUCACUCGAUGCCAGUAGCUCGGUUGAUACCGGCGCCUGUGCAUCAAGAGCUUCGGUUCAGGGAUCACGGCACCUGUGUCACGGUGAACGAUCUGUUUGGGAAUAUGCCAGUUCGCGUCAAGAGUCGGGCCUUGGCUCUUCAAAGGCCCGACGAGCUCGAAAGAGAAUGGGACAGUCUCAGACACGUGCUUGUUGCUCUUAUGGUGGCUAAUCCUCAACUUUCAAAGUUGGUGCUGCAUGAUGCAGCAAGGAACAGGAAGACCUUAAUCCGUCUUGGAACCCGCAUCCCCGGAGACAUAAAUGCCAGUCAAGUGGAAGACGAAUUGGAUCUCAAGCGGAUCGGUUCCAUUCUUGCGCAGUCUGGAAUAGUCUCUUCUCGCAACAUGGACUCAUGGCAUACACUUUCAGCCUCGCUUCCCGAUCUUACAGUUCGUGCCGCAGUUUCUCUCAUUCCCAGCCCAAGCAAGAAGAUCCAGUUCAUCUCAUUGGGAACUGAACCGGUGUUUUCGCGAAAUGGCUCGAAUGUUCUCUACAGCGAAGUUAAUCGCUUGUUUGCUCAAUCGGACUUUGGCAACGAGGCCAUACUUAAUUAUUCAUCAGCGCUAUAUGCCUCUCCUCUGCCAGAACGACCUGAUACGGGCAACUCCAGCCUCAAAGGUGGAACAAGGUCCGUCAACAGGUGGCCAAUGUUUUAUAUACGCAUCGACACGAGUAUUGCUCGGCGAUUAUGCGACGAUGGAAAUGAGAUCCUUCCCGAAUCUGACAAGUCCCUUCAACGAAUAACAGAUGUGAUGGAUGUGAUGAUUUCUGAGUUUCUCAAGCAACAUGGUCUUCGUCCGCGCACGGUCAAGCGACGGGGACAGGCGUUAGGUCGAACCCAGCAGGUCGAUUCCGCCGGCCAGAAAAUCGAUAGUCAACCAAUGGAGUUUGCAGAACAGAAUGGCUUCAUUUCGUCCACGGAAGAGGCUUUCUCAAGUCGUUUAAAGCUCCCACCUUUCCGGAGACCAAGCCCUGUCCAUCCAGGACAAGGUUUCAAUAGCUGGUCCAGAGUGAAAGCAGCGAAGAAUCCUAUGGCCAGCACCGUGCUUCGGCCUCGAAAUGAAGACCCUCAGGUCGGAAAAUCAUCGACCGAAGAGGAACUCUUGCUGUCAACGGAUGUUCAGGAACAUAGACACGCACCGAUAGGAGAAUCCUCUUGCAUGGAUUCCGAUGCCUUCAUCACUUGGGCCGAUCCAUCUACAGGGAGGGCUCACCUUAUCAACUCUCGGACAGGACAAACGAUGAUUCGCCGAAAAUCCAUUGCUGCCCUGAGACCGAGGUCCGCUGGAGUCAUCACCGGUGGCUUGCGCAGGCCACAGUCUACCCCUGUCUCCUCACAAAGCGUGUGGGUGGACAAUCUUCUAGAGAAAUGGGACAAUCCUGUUUUCGGGAGAACCGAGAAACCUAUUUCAAGGAUGGACACGGAGUUCAACCACAGACCGCCUGCACAUUUCUCUUCUCAUGACUGUUUCAAGAGCAUUGGCUCGCUGGAUACCGCUCAGGUCUCAAAAUUCCGAGGCAAGCUUGAACGACGGGGUCUGGAGAAGGCAGAGGUGAUUUCGCAAGUGGACUGCAAGUUCAUCUUGGUCAAAGUGAACAUCCAUGACACAAACGACCAUGAUGCAUUGGUGCUGAUCGAUCAGCAUGCGGCUGAUGAGCGGUGUCGGGUCGAGCAGUUAUUUAGAGAGUUCUUUGUUCCUGCUCCUCAGGUUGAGACCAUUGGCCACAGUUUCCGAGUGCGAACGGUUGAUAUCGACACCAUCUCAUUCGACGUCUCGCCAACCGAAGGCAACCUGUUCCACAAGUACAGCGAGUAUUUUUCGCAAUGGGGUGUUCACUACAACACCGAGCUAAAAUCGGGCUCAUCCACCGCUGUCCUGGUGACUUCACUCCCAUCCCUCAUCGCCGAACGCUGCCGGCUUGAACCGAAGUUGGUGAUCGAUAUGAUUCGCCGAGAGAUUUGGACUCGCGAAGACGACAAAAGGCCAUGGGGGCCAGCGAGAAAUUCAUCCAGAUUCAAUUCUCAAGAUUGGUCUCUGCCGGAGGAAGAAGAGCCUCCACACUCCAAAGCUGCCGGUUCACUAAAUGGCACCUCUUCAUGGGUGCAGCAACUAAGCGGCUGCCCCCAGAGCAUUAUCGACCUCCUCAACUCCCGCGCCUGCCGCAGCGCGGUCAUGUUCAACGACACUCUGAGUAUGGAAGAGUGUCAAACCUUGGUCUCACGACUGGCCCGCUGUGUGUUUCCGUUCCAGUGUGCUCACGGACGGCCUUCCAUGGUCCCGAUCUUGGAUUUGCGGUCUUUGGCCGAAAUGGCUGGCUCUGCUCGCCUGGAUUUGGAGAAGGGCAUGGCAUCCGAUUAUGAUCAUAGUGGGGGGUUGGGUUUUUGGAGGCUUUUCAGUCGCGUUACUCAACUGAUAAUGUACUUACGGGCAGAGGGAAAUAGCUGGCGAUGA